AGUGUAAAUUUAUCAUUGGGAAUAAUUUUUUGUCUCAUUCUACGGUGUGUGUGCAGAGCAUCUCUGAACCGGCAUGCUCAGUCUUCCAAAAGCUCAAAGAGUACGCCCAUCGCUUUCCUCACUCUCUCUCCAUCUCUCACUCUCACAUGCACACACACACACACGCCAGCUCUCCCACCUUCACACACACACACGUGCUCAGAGUCACACACGCGCAGUGUUGUCAAAASCGCCGCUGCUGGACCUUAGCCAUCUCGCGAAGGAGGUUCCGGCGGAGGCAAGAGAGAGCCAGGGUGAGACAAAGGAGAGGAGGACGGUAGAAGGCGAGGAACGAAUAGGAGAGAAGAGGACCGGCUUGAGGAAGGAGAGACACAGCGCUUUGUGAAGAAGAGAAAGCGAGGAACGGGAGGAGGGAGGAGUGGAGAGGAGGAAAAAAAAGAGGAGGGGGAACAGGAAACGCAAUCACUUUCAGCUGCAGCCGUCCGUGUCGCAGCAUGGGCAAUGCACCAUCUCAAGGGACAGUCUCGUAGCCGGUGUUUAGAAGGGAAGCGAGACAAAGAGAGAAGUCAUGAAAGACGGGGAGAGAAUGAAAGGAGGUUCAAAAGAACAGAAGAUAAAAAAAUGGUUUACUCGUAAAUGGACGGCCAACGCUGGGGCCUGUUAUCCUAAGCAAGAUCCUGAGCGUGGCGGCAGUCACAUGAUCUCCACAGAUGACCUGGAGUAUCCACGAGAGUACAGGACGCUGGGGAACAGCGGCCGGCGUUUCUCCAAUGUCGGCUUGGUGCACACAUCUGAGCACCGCCACACUGUCAGCGCCGCACAGAGUCUGGAGGCCCUGACCAACUUGCAUAAGGCUGACAUGGAACGGAAGAGGGACGCCUUCAUGGAUCACCUGAAGAGCAAAUACCAACAGCAGCAGCAGCAACAGCAGCAGCAGCAGCAGCAGCUGCAGCAUUCCCACCACAGCCCCCACCACAACCCACCAUCACCCUCACCAUCCCAUGCCAGCAUGAGGGGCUCCUCGGAUCGGUCUGCUAGAGAACAGCAACAGCCCAACUACUGGAGCUUUAAGAGUCGCAGUCCACGCCAUUCCCAGUCCACCCAGUCCGGGCUUGCGGACCAGGCUGCCAAGCUUUCCUUUGCCUCCGCCGAAUCCCUGGAGACCAUGUCAGAAGCCGACAUGCCCCUCGGGUUCAACCGGAUGAACCGAUUCCGCCAGAGCCUGCCGCUGUCUCGUUCCGCCAGCCAGAAUAAGCUAAGAUCUCCAGAUGAAUUUUCAGGCGUGCUCUUCCUGCAGUAUGGAGAUGAGACACGCCGGGUUCACAUCACCCACGAGCUGAGCAGCAUGGACACGCUGCACGCUCUCAUCGUGCACAUGUUCCCUCAGAAGUUGACGGUGGGAAUGCUGAAGUCACCCAACACGGCGAUCUUAAUCAAAGACGAGGCCCGAAACGUCUUCUACGAGCUGGAGGACGUCCGGGAUAUUCAGGACCGUAGUAUCAUCAAGAUAUACCGCAAAGAACCCAUCUAUGCUUCUUACCCUGCGGCUGCACACCUGGCUAACGGAGACCUGCGGAGAGAAAUGGUUUACUCAUCUCGGGAAUCUUCCCCAACGCGCCGUCUCAACACUCUUCCUUCCUCUUCGACCUCAGCACCCUCUGGCUCUCCGUCCCGCUCUCGCCUCUCGUACAGCGGGGGGCGUACUCCCUCCUUCUCCGGAAACCAUCCUCAACACGAGCAGCCCAGACAUCCCCACCAUCCUCCAGGUGGCCAUGGUGCCAACAUGGGUCUGUCUCCAUCACCAAGUGCCAUCCUGGAGCGCCGUGAUGUCAAACCAGAUGAAGAAGUUUCUGCAAAAAAGCUGGCUCUCAUGAAAAAUGAGGCGCUGUAUGCUGAUCCCUACAGUUUGAUGAAUGAGGGUCGCCUCAGCAUUGCCUCCACCCAGUCUUUGGCUGCCAUUGGAGACCCUUUCAGCUACCCUGUUACCACUGGCCUCUACCGGCGAGGGUCCGUACGCUCUCUUAGCACCUACUCUGCCGCUGCUCUUCAGGGAGACCUGGAGGACUCAUUCUACAAGCCUGGAGGUUCACUAUACUCGGACACGUACUCCUCUGCAACCCUGGGAAUGGGGUUCCGCAUGCCACCCUCAUCCCCACAAAAAAUCCCUGACAUGCAGCUGAGGGACAGGGACUCGUAUUCCACUUCACCACGACCCUCGCCUGUCAGGCAGACUUUCCGGAAAGACUCUGCCUCCUCCUCUGUGUUUGUGGAGAGCCCAAAGUCGAGGCCCAGCUCCAGUUCAGAGCCUGGUUUUGGUCCUUCUUUAUCUGGACAAGACGCAGACACAAGCAGGGACCACCGCCUGGAGCGUAUGGAGGCCAUGGAGAAGCAAAUAGCCAGCCUGACUGGCCUCGUGCAGAGUGUACUGACCAGGGCACCAGACAGCGACAGCACAUGCGGCCUACUGCGUCUCUGCAUGAUGGCGGGCUGCCCUCCGGACCAAGGGACGGAGUUUUCACGGCCAUUACCUUUCUCUUCCAGCGAGAAGACCGAAACUAACAGUGACGGCUCCGCCACUGGAACUGGACGUCAGAAGAAGAAAGCAGCCAACACACCGUCAGCACCUUUAGCUCUGAUGCCACCACCGCCAUCUAACACAACCCCGGUGAACGGUGUGGGUCGCCUGCAGAUGAAACUCCAUCUGCACGGUCUGCAGCAAAAUGCCACCGACCUCCGCAAACAGCUCGGUCAGCUUCGCAAGAUACAGAUGGAGAACCAGGAUUCAGUGCGAACUCUGCUGAAACGGACCGAGGCUGAGCUGAACGUACGCGUAGCAGAUGCCCUGCGGAAGCAAGAAGAUCCUUUGCAGAGACAACGCCUCCUUGUGGAGGAGGAAAGACUCAAGUACCUCAAUGAAGAAGAACUCAUCAUUCAGCAGCUCCAUGACCUGGAGAAAUCAGUGGAGGAGAUCCAGAAGGAGUCGUCUGUCAACCACAAGCUGGUGUCAGUGCAGGAGCUGGAGGAGAAGGCUACAGUUCUGAGAAAGCUGGGAGAAACACUCACAGAGUUGAAAAAUCAAUUCCCGAGCCUGCAGAGCAAGAUGCGGGUGGUGCUGCGGGUGGAGGUGGAAGCUGUGAAAUUCCUCAAAGAAGAGCCGCACAGACUAGAUGCCCUGUUAAAACGCUGCAAGACUAUAACUGACACCCUCGCCACAAUGCGCAAGCAAGCAAAUGAAGGGGUUUGGAAAAAGCAGGACAACUUUUCUAGCCCCUCAUCAAAGCACAAUGACGACUUGCAAAAAUUUUCGAGUUUUGACAUUCCUACCAGUCCACCACUAACUAUCAAUGACAUCGGAGGAGGUAAUAGCCUGUCUAACUGGAGCCCUCACUCGAGCCUCAGCCGUGGUCUCGGAAACCCGUCCGGUCCUCAUAAGGACAAUCAUCCUCCUAUUCCUCACAAAGGCAAAGCCCUGGAGGAGCUGGAGCGGCGGGCUGCCGCUGACAAAGCUUUGUCAAUGGAAGUCCGACUGGCGGCAGAGCGGGACUGGGAGGAGAAGCGGGCCAGUCUUACACAGUACAGUGCUCAGGACAUCAACCGCCUACUGGAGGAGACCCAGGCUGAGCUGAUGAAGGCUAUUCCAGACCUGGACUUUGCUGCCAAGCAGAUCAAGCCCUCUUCCAACACACCAUCAACCCAGAACCCUCAGAGUGCGGCGUCAACAACAGAGCACCGCAGUAGCAAGCCACAAAACAAGCUUUCAGCAAAAGAGGGGGGUUCCAGGCGUGGCUCUGAUGAGCUGACAGUACCACGAUAUCGCACAGAAAAACCGUCCAAGUCUCCCCCUCCUCCUCCGCCUAGACGUAGUUUCCCCUCAUCUCCAGGAGUGACAUCUCGCAGUGGAGAGCCAUUAAUUCCUGGAAAAAGCAUAAAGAAAUCAGAAUCUGAAGAGAAUGACAUUCAAAAGCCUCAUAUAAAACUGAGGAGGACCAUGUCCGAAAACCCUCGCCCUGCAUCGACACCCCCAACGCUCGCCUCUGGAGAGAAGGAACAAGGAGAGGAGGAAAAGAUCGCUGCCGAGCUUGAGGAAAGGAACUUAUCUCCAGUCCCCCACAUCGUGUUGACAGAAUGUUUGCCAGACUCACUCACUGCUGCAGAAAAUCCUGUCAGAGAUUUAGCAAAUUACUCUGUACAAGAUAAUCCAGCACCCAAUUUGUGCAAUCAACUUAUGGUCCACAAGAAUGUGCUUUCAAGGGAAAUACCUUCAGAAGAAAGCGAACGUGUUCUCAAACAAGACCAAGAAAUCUCCCUGCUUCUGACAGACAUGGAGAUGAGAUGGGUGUCUCCUCACGAAGUUCAGGAACUGAAGAGUAUAGACCUUAAAACUCUAACUGUUUCAGCGCAGAAUAAAGACAUUUCUGAAGCACAGCUGAAUGAACGGCCUGUUCUUAUAGUUUUCAGGGAGGAAAAAUCACUGAAAGAUACAUACAGACUGCUGUAUUCCCUGCUAAAGUCAUCCAAUCCAGUUCCUAAACCGAGAUUAAGAUCCUCCCACCAACUCACCCAGCAACAAUCCCUAAUGGAGGCUCUAAGAAGAGGGAUUGAAACAGGGGACGACGUGCUAAAGUUUCAGCAUGCUGAUGACGUCAGAAUACAGCAAAGUAAUUGUGAUUCUAAAGGUGGCUCAUCAAGUCAGAGGAGGUUGACACAGGAGGUCCGAUUCAGCACCUACCAGAGGCUGGACAGUUUGGAGGAGACGAUUCGAGAGCUUGAGAACACCUUAAUAGAGAUCAGUAGCCAUCCCACGAGAGAGACGCUCUACACUGAGUCAGCCACCAGAAGUAUUCCAGCACAGCAUACUGGGAGUCUGAUGCCAGAGACCAGGAGGCCACCAGUUCCACCCAAACCAGCAUCAAUUCAGGGUGGGAAUAAUCCCAACAUUGGUAAAAUUCAUUCCUCAGCUGCCUCAAAGCUGAAGCACCUGCAGCAAAAUAGCACAGAGAAGACUAAAAGUGGCAAGAAGGAGGAUUUACAGAAGAUGCAGAGCCUGCAACAGCAGUGAGCGACCUGUCCCCUCGUCCAGCCUCUUCAGUCUCCUCCUCCUUUUCACGUGACUACAGAGAUGCACACUUAUCUGCCCACAUUACUUAACCAGCUCCUUUUACAUCUCUAGCAUUCAGUCCAAAGUUGUGCUUCUAGACGGGUGUGAGUGUGUGUUUGUUUGUGCAAGCACGCUUGCUUGCACAGGUGUGUUUGAAUGCCCUGGUGGUGACGGAAGGUGCUGCAGGGAACACUGCCCAGCCACGACCAAUUUUAGAACUUUUUAAAUUUUUCAUUAUUUCCCACUUCAACCCCCUGAAAACCUCAUCUCUCUGCGCUCCUCCUCCGCCCCCUCCUGUCUUCUGUGUCCCCGCUCUACUCCAAGGCCUUGGGGAUCAACCGCGCCGGAACCACUGAACCGUACCUGUCUGGACUGAAAGCGAGCAUUUUUUUAGGCCGAAUGCCUACUCCUGCAGCAGCUUUUGCACCUGGUUUGAGAAUGCCUCCCCAUGAGGGGACUAUGCCCUCCCUGACAGUCUCCUCCAGCCAAGCAAAGGCUCUCCUGGCGAGCCUGUCAGCCUCCGGCCUCUGCACCGAGGCCCUGCUCCUGUCCUCCGCUCUACGUCAACGCCGCCUUCUCCGGGAGCAGAGAGCGUCAUCUUCUCUUCCCAGCAGCCUGUCCUCAACCCCUACAUCCUCCUCUUCUCCCACAACCCCUACUCCAUCCCUGUCUCCUUCCUCUCCCACACCUCUUGGUUCCUUUACCUUCUCCUCUGGGAUUGUCAAACCCACCAGACGGAGACUUGACAGCCCCCAACAACUUGGCAACAGCAAGGAUGGUGACAACUCUUAGUAAUGAGUAAUAGGAGGAGGAGGACAUGGAAGAAUAUAAUUCUAAAAUUAUCUUGUCACCGAGCAAGAAUAGAUGCAUUUUUUUUGUUUUACACUUAUUUCCUUUCAGGAUUCUGUAGAUGCAUAUUUUCUUCAUUUUUUUUUCUUACUAAUGUUGAAUACACCAGACUCUGGAUGCUUCAUAAUCUCACUUCUUUUUCUUUUUUGGACAAGUUUCCUUCUCUCGUCUGGCUGCACGGUCUCCCACGCAGUCCUUUUGCCAGAUUCCCAAACAGAGUACACACAAACAGGCCAGGCUUCGCUUUUUCACCAGCUGUCUGCUACAUGGUUGGUGUGGUUGGACGUGUUCUCAUUUAGUGGGCUGUUCGUGGUAUAGUUUCCAUAACUAGACUGUGUGUAUGAAAAUAGAGUCGCAAUAAUCACCAAGUGAGUCCAGUAGUUAUAUAUGUUUAGGAUAAUGUUGCUCUUUCUUACCUGCAUAACCUUGCAGAAUAAAUCUGCUGAGAAAAUAAGAAAAAAAGACAGAUGUGAUGAAUGUGGUUUUUAACUGUUUGGUGCAAAAAGGGCAUUCUUUUCUUUUCCUUUCUUUUCUUACAUCAACCAAGUUUUAGAUUUUAAAUCGGUGCUAUAUUUUCCCUUCUGUUAGCACUCACUGAGAGUUUACAUAAUUGUUCUCCCUUCUCUGCACAUUCCUUUGGGUUUCUAAUUUAAUGUUGCAGUUGAAAUUUUGUAUGUGUCUCUGCAAAUGAAACUCGUGCAUCUACCAUUGUUAACAUUUCUAGCCUUUUUAAUCUGUUGGGAACAAGAAUAUUGCAGCAUUAUUCACGAAAGCACACUGUAACGAGCAGCCAUGGAUCUUCACAUUUCUGUUUGAUGUAAAGCAAGGAGACAAAGUUACACUGAAAGAAGGAGAAAUGCAAAGGAGAGGUCUGUAUAACCAGUAUGGAUUUACUGUGUGUGUGUUGUAACUAGUUAAUUGACAAUCAGGAUGUUUUCACUGUAGCAUCUCACAGGUUGCCCAUCCCAAAGACUCAAGCACGCACUUGUAAAAGCUAAGCUGAACAGCACAGACACAAUGUGUGUGUAAUAGUUUUAUUUCAUUUUGUUAAUUUUUUACAAUGAUAUAUUCUUUGCUGCCCCUCAGAUGAUUGAUCACAGUGAUCAGAACAACGGGAACGGAAAACCAUAUAAAAUAGUUUCCCGUUGAUAUAGUUGAUUCAGGAUUAUCUGCUAAAAAGCACCUAGAUUUUAUCAUACAGCAGUUUGUACUUUAUAUUUGACAACAAUGAAGUGAUAGCACUUAAUUACAGUUUGAAAUGUAUUAAGAAAAAAAAAACUUUUAAUCAGCACAUGUUUAGGAAUUCUGUAUUUCUUGGCGCUUGUGAGGGAGUCAGGGAAGAUUAUAAAAAUAUAAAGAAAGCACAGUUUCUUCUCAAAACACAAGAUCCCUCUUUGUCAGCUUAGUUAUCAAAUAUAUUAGAAGCUUUAAAAAGUUAAUUUACUAAAAAUAAGCGAAAUAGCAACAAUAUAACUUUACAAUUGUUUUCUUUCAUAAAAUAUGAGUGCCAGAGUCUUUCAAACUAGCAUUUAGACACAAAACAGGACCGGAGAACCUUCUGCCAAGAACAUCGAUCUAGUGUACAUGUAAACUGGUGUGAAGGUAUUGUUGAUGUUAAACAAUAUACAGAUGCAUCACAAUAAGUGAAACUCAUAUAGAAACAUUACAAAAAGUUAAAUGUAUCUGGCUAUUAUUUCUGUUAAUUUUGAUAAUUGUGGCUUAUAGCAAUAAAGAUCCCAAAAUGCUCAAUUUUAGACAAUAGAAAUAAAACACAAGACAAAGAGCAGAGUUAGUCUUAAGAGAACUUUGAAGCAAAUCCCUUUUUAGAGUUUUAUGGAGAUUCACUUGGUGGUGUGGACUUCACUGAAUUACAGACAUGAUCUUCUUGGAAAAAAAAUGAUCUUGCUGUUGUUUGGCUGUCCAGUGUCCCACUUCACAUGAAAGUCUGCUGGUAUUGGUCCAUUGUGUAGUUGUCAAGUCAACGACAGCACAGACAUGGUUUGUAUCACAGCAUUGAAAGAGUGAAUUGAAUUUUGGGGUUUUUUUAUUAGCUGCAAACCAAACCAAGAUUAACAGAACUAUACACUUCAAUAUGUUACCCUGUCUUUUAGUAAAUCUUUAUGAGUUUUCUUUUUAAAUUUAAUUACUGAAAUUUAUUUACGUUUACAUGAUAUUGUUAUCACAGAGAUGUGCCUGUAUUUAAGUGUUUUUGGAUGUCUGCAAGUUGAUGCUAACUUUUAAAAUCAUGCUUAUGAAGGAAGACUGGGUGCUAAAUUGGUUUGUUGUCAUCAGACAGAAAUAGUUGUUUAGUUGUUGCAGUAAUAAUAAAUUAUUGUUGCAUUUUAUCCUUACUAAGGCACAUUAUAGGCAUUUGUCAAAUAACCUGAAUUAGUUGCAUAAAUGUCUACUACUUCAAUGUAGCUAAUUUUUGCUUUUGAAGCUCAAAUCAUGAUGUAAAAAUUAUUUGUAAAUUCAAUAAUUAUGGUAAUUUCCUUUGUUUUUUUUUGUCUAAAUUUUUUUUGUGGGGAACCAGGGUUAAUUUCCACUUUAAGAACCUCAUUAACUCUGAUGAGCACAAAUCUAUAAAUUACACAUUUCAUCAGUCUAGUUUUGACUUUCACUAUUUUGGGUGGCUGGUGUUUUUCUGGCUGCUGUUUAUUUACGUCAAAUCGCGGCGGGGGAGUUUUUCUAAUGUAGAGCCUUCAUAAUGAAACCAUUCCAUGGCUACAGAAUCUCUGUGUUUGCCCGGAAGCUGCCUUGCUGUUUGUUGACAAGGUUAAACGGACAGCUGCACUUCUCUGCUGUUCGCCAGAAUGGCUCAAAGAAACUGAUCCUCUUGGGCAUCGAGAUUAACACAUGUGCAAAGGCGGCUCGUGUCAGAGAGUAGGCAGCGUGAGGGGUGAGGAUUAGUUUGCGGACAUGAGUUUGAAGGCUACUUUAAUAAGGCCGGCUUUGACUCGCCCCGUCUCCAUGGAGAGCGCUGGAGUGAAAGAAUGAGUGUCGGUCGGAGACAGUAUUCGGCUGCUUGCUCCCCCUUGCUCUGAGUUUGCGUUCUUUUUGUGUGCGGUCUGUUGAAAUCGUUUAGCUUCAGGUUGAGAAGGUAUGAUUUCUGAUGGGGUUCAGUUCUAAGCAAGAUGUGCAAUAGGUAUUUAGCACUCUUACUCUUUUACCAAGGUAUUCCUCUUUGCCUUUGUCAUAUUUAUGCCUGUUUGUCUCCAAGGACCUGCAAUGUUUUUUCCUGGUGCCUGAAUGAUCUCGCAAGCAGCACUGACAGAAUAACACUUUUACCCAAAUAAGAGCUUCAGAAACCUGGCUUGGUUCCUGUUUUUUCCGUUUCGUUUUGUUUUGUCUUAAAGAAAAAUGAAAACUGCUUGAAAGCACAAAUGUGCGAGCUCACAGCCUCAUUCUUAGUGCAUUCUGGAUCUGCAAGGAAGAUUCAAGCUGAGUUAAAAACUGAAUAGAGUAAAGAAAAUCCUUAAAGCAGUAACUUUCCUAGGUGAAUUUGCUGCUUGCAGCAAGGAGGAAGUAUGUGGUAUUUUAGCCUAAGUGAAACCAGAGAACCAUGUUAAAAUGCCUCCUGGACUUUUUUUUGUUGUUGCUCAAAACAAGUGUUAGUGGGCUGUGAUUUCAACAAGCUUGGGGGCAUGUUGAGCACACUCUGGCAAUCAGAAAAAAAACCAUGCAAACUUGAAACUAAACAUAGGAGAAAUAUACAUAUAUAAAUAUAUCUAAGUGAGAUGUUUGUGUAUGAUAUAAUUGUGAAACAAAUGUGAAUAUAUACAUAAAUAUUUAGGCCUAGAUUAAGUUCUAUACUGUAAAAUGUCCUCAUAUCUUCUGAUUUAUAUAUUAGUGACCAUUUUGUACAGACUUUUCUUUUUUAAUUCAUUCAGAGAGAUAUUACAUUUCACACUAAGAUUAUUUAUUCAUAUGCAGAACAUUUUUAUAUUGUUUAAAAUAUCGGUGUAGAUAACUGUUAGGCGCUGUAAUAUACUUUAAAGUUGAUUUUGAAAUUCUAGGGUUUUCUUUACAAAUAAUGAGUUGAACUUUAUGUAAUUAUGACAAUUUCAAAAGCUUUUCCCUGAAAAUGCUCGUCCAGCUUGUCUGCACCUUUGCCUCCUACUGUUAAAGUGUAAGAGGCUGGACCAGUGCCUGUUAGUAGGGGCUUAUUUUGCUACUAGGUCUGGGUUAUUUUGUACGUGUUUUUUCUUUUUCCUCAUUUUAUUCUGCCAUUCUGUAUUUGUGAUCUAAAUGGUAUUAGUGACACUGGAGAUGGUCAGAAACACAGAAAAUGUAGUACUUACUGUGAUACAAGUCCAAAGGCUUCAAAGGAGGCCUUGCUGCUUUGACUAAAGCAAGUUACUUGGCUUUAAUUCUUUUUUUCUUUUUUCUCUUUUUUUUCUUUGUUUGCAUGUUAACUGAGAUGGCAGGAAUGUGGAUUAAAAGGUUCAGAGACUAUAAGUGUACAUUAUGUUGCUUAUUCUGCUCCAGUUUGUGGCUUUAAGUAGCGUUUAAGCUAAACUUUUAAAACGGUAAAAGACAGAUAUAUUAAAGAAUCAUGUGGAGAGCUAUGAAGUCUUUGAUUUUGCCAUUGUAUUUUUUUUUUCUGAUACUUAAACUACAUUCUGUAGUAUGUAUCUGAGAUUUUUACUUGAAUGUGUGGAUGUUCAAAAAUCUUGGCAUCAAAAAUAAAUUUAAAAAAAUCAAUAAAAUUGACUUGUAAAUAGGUUGAGUCAUAGAGAAUUCACUGAAUUAUGUCCAAAAGAUAAUGUUUUAUUAUAAACUAUGAUGAUGGAUACAAAGGUAUAUACAAAAACAAUGCAUGUAUAGUCUCAAGCAAACGCACGGUGCAGUUUAGAAAAAAAAAAAAAAAGUUACGUACAGUACAUGUUUUUUUUUUCAAAGUUAUAAGAAAGAGUCAGAGAAGUGGGUAUAUAUAUGUUUGAGGUUUACAAACAGAAACGAUACAUUAUUUUAGUAUGUGUGACACGGGCAUGUUCAGUCUUACUGUGAAGUUACGUGAUGACGAUAGUGACUGGGAGUGUUGAACAUCCAGGGAUCAGAAGGCUUGAACGCACCCCAACAUGAGAAAUCAGCUACAGUUCUCCCAUUUGUAGAGUAGUGUGACAUAGGAACAAAAAUAACUACAGAAAAUAGAUCAAUUAUAUGAGAUAUAUAAAAUUUAAAUGCCUACUGAUACUGGAGAUAAUUUUAUCAGUGUGGAUGCCAUGAUAUUCUGUGAGAAAUGUGUUUUUGUUUGUUUGUUUGUUUUUUUCCGUGAGAAGACAGCAGGCACCUGAACCUGCCUUCUUUUGUACAUAAUUUGCUGUGAUUGUGUGUCCAAUAAAGUGCAGCCCUCUUGUA